AUGAUAUCUAUCACCGCUGUUCUCGGCCAGCUGGGCGCUCUCGCGGCCCUCGGAGCCGUCUCCCUCGUGGUGUAUCGGCUCUAUUUCCACCCGCUCGCCAAGUUCCCAGGGCCGUCUCUCGCGGCUGCCACGGGCCUCUAUGAGGCCUACUACGACUGCAUCAAGGACGGCGGCGGGCGGUUCUAUGUCGAGAUCGGCCGUAUGCACGACAAAUAUGGACCCAUCGUGCGCAUCAGCCCGUGGGAGCUGCACAUCCGCGACGCCGACUGGGGCGAGGUGUACCGCGUGUCGCGGCGAGCGAGCAAGCCGCUUGGCUUCUACACGUUCCUAGGGGCGAGCGGCAACGCGUUCAGCUCGGGGCCGCACGAGACGCACCGGAUGCGGCGCGAGGCGUUAACACCCUUCUUUACGCCGGGCGCCGUAGCCCGGCGCGAGCCCGAGGUCGAGCACCUCGUGGCCAAGCUCGCCGGCCGCCUCGAGCAGUUCAGCGGCACCGGCACCGUGCUCAACCUCGGCGACGUCUUCCGCUGCCUCGCCACCGACGGCGCCACCGCCUUCGCCUUCCGCAGGCCCUUUGGCCACCUCGACGACCCCGAAUUUGAGCCAUCGACCAACGCUGUCGUCCGCCGCUUCGCCCGCUUUGGCGCCAUCAAUCGGCAGACGGGCGGGCACUUCAUGGCCGCCAUGCGCUCCAUCCCGCCCGCCAUCGCUUUGCGCCUGAACCCGGGCGAGCUGGCCGCCGUGGCGGCAGAAGAUGCACAGCGCAAGCUCGCCACCCCCGGACCAUCAGACUCGCGCCUCGCAGACGCCGACGAGCGCGAGGCAGAGAGCAACGUGAUCCGGCAGAUUCUGCACUCGAGCCUGCCGGCGGUCGAAAAGAUGCCGUGGCGCAUCGAGCGCGAGUCGUCGUCGGUCACGCUGGCCGGCACCGAGACGACGGGCAGCAUCUUGGCGUUUGUGGCGUUCUGGCUGCUCUGCGACGGCCGCGCCAGGGCGGCGCGCCUCGCGGCCGAGCUCGACGCUGCGGCCGUGCGCACGGGUGGCGAGAGGUUGCCGACCCUGGCCGAGCUCAAGGAGCUGCCGUACCUCACGGGCGUCGUGAACGAAGGGCUGCGAUUCAACAGCCCCUCGGGCCGUCUGCCACGUUACGAUCCCAAGAACGACAUGACUUACAAAGGCUGGGUGAUUCCAAAAGGGACAAUCGUCUCAACCACCCCCAACGACACUCACUUCUCGGCUGAGAUUUUCAAGGACCCCCAAGAGUUCCUGCCAGAGCGGUGGCUCGGCGAUGAGGCACAGCGCAAGCAGCUCAGCAAGUACCUGAUCCCGUUUGGCCGAGGCACGCGGACGUGCGUGGGCAACGAGGUGGCGCUCAUGGAGCUGUAUUUGACACUGGGACGUCUCUUUUCGUCGUUGGGCCCGGGGGGCAAACUACGCCUCAUCUCCACCGACUAUGAGCGCGACGUUAAGCGGUUUCAUGAUUUCUUUUCGCCCUUCCCGAAGAGCGCGCGCGGGGUGAGGGCCCUGGUGAUUUAA